AUGAAGGGGAAUUACGCAUUUAUAUGUCCACCUUUUUACCAUCUGCGCCCAACUGAUAUCCUUAAGACUGAAGUUUGUCAUGCUGCUUUGGUAAUGGGUAUGCCUUCUCAUGUCAAGCAAAGUAUUAAGCAAGCCCAACUGGUACUCGAAUCAUUGAAACAGGAUCAUGAACAAGCUUUAUCUGCCUUAAGUACAUUUUGUAACUCAGAAAACAGUCAUUCAUCACCAAAUCUUAACACAAGUUUAGAAUGUGAGAAAGUCUUUAAUCAAGAGAAAAUUCCAAUAAUUCAAGCUGCACUAAAACAAAUCGAAAAGGGAUUAGACGACUCAGAGGUUAUGAUUACAUUUGCCAAAUAUAUCGAGCAUUUGGAAGCUGAGCUGUUAAAGGUACAGUUGCACAAUCAAAGGUUAACUGAAGAAACUUGCUGGCUUCGAGAUGAGCUAAAGUACACACAAACAAAACUGGAGGAAAACGAAUCGCUGCUUGCUCAAACUGAAGUCGAAAAAAAACACCUUGAGUUUAUGUUGGAUUUAAAGAAAUAUGACAUAUCUUCCAACAGUUGUGAUACUGAAAAAAAUCCAUCUUUAAACAUUUGGAAGAUGAUCCGCCGAUGA